CUGGUGACGUCAUCGGCGUGCGACGACGCCAGAGAGACUUUUGUGAGUUCUUUGCAGAGAUUAAGAACAUGACAACAACUUUAAAACAAGCUUUAAAAACCCACUUUGGCUUCGACGACUUCAGGUCCAAAAUACAGGAGGAUGUCGUCAAAGCGGUGGUCAGACGAGACAAGGAUGUGUUUGUGUGCAUGCCUACUGGAGCAGGAAAGUCCCUCUGCUACCAGCUGCCUGCACUGCUGGCUGAGGGGAUCACACUGGUUGUCUCCCCUCUUAUUGCUCUCAUUCAGGACCAAGUGGACCGUCUGCAGAGUCUGAACAUCCCUGCCUGCUCCAUCAACUCCAAGCUCGCAGCAGGCGAGCGCCGUCUCAUCCUGACCGAUCUGGGGAGCAGCAGCCCCAAGCUGAAGCUGCUCUACAUCACCCCGGAGAUGGUGGCCUCUCCCUCGUUCCAGCCGCACCUGACAGACCUGUGCUCCCGCGGCCUGCUGUCUUACCUGGCUGUGGACGAGGCUCACUGCGUCUCUCAGUGGGGCCACGAUUUCAGGCCAGACUACCUCAAACUGGGCAGGCUGCGUGCUCUCAUGCCAGGUGUGCCCUGUUUGGCCCUGACGGCGACGGCGCCCAAGAAUGUACAAGACGACAUUGUCCGAUCCCUGGGGCUGAGCUCGCCGCUGUCUUUUGUCACACCCGUCUUCCGCAAUAACUUGUACUAUGAUGUGAUCUUCAGGGAACUGCUGCCAAACCCCUACGCUCACCUUCACGACUUCAUCAAGAAGGCGCUGGCACUAGACACAAGGGCUAAAAGACAGGGCUGUGGGAUUGUGUACUGUCGGACCAGGGAAAGCUGUGAAACUGUGGCUUACCAGCUGACCAAGCUUGGAGUACUGGCCAAGGCGUAUCAUGCAGGUCUGAAGGGAGGCGAUCGCACAGAGGUCCAGAAUGAGUGGAUGCAGGGGAAGGUGCUGGUUAUUGUGGCCACCAUCAGCUUCGGUAUGGGAGUCGACAAGGCCAACGUCAGGUUUGUAGCUCACUGGAACCUGGCGAAGUCGCUGGCCAGCUACUACCAAGAGUCUGGGCGAGCUGGGAGAGACGGGCUGCCCUCCUCCUGUCGCACGUACUACUCACCAAAAGAUAGGGAUCAGAUGAACUUCCUCAUCCGGCAGGAGGUUGGGCGCCGACAGGAAAAACGCGGCACCGCGAAGGAGUCGGACAAAACAGCCAUUACAGACUUUGAAGCCAUGGUGUCGUUCUGUGUCCAGGAAGCUUGUCGCCAUGCCACCAUCUCCAAGUUCUUUGGGGACAAGACGCCAAACUGUGCCGGGGCCUGCGACUACUGUCGGAACCCCAAAAUCGUCCGAGCUCAGCUGGAGAGGGCGGCCACACUCAGCACCAAGACAGAAGCUCAGAGCAAAGAGCCCGUCGGACCGUUUGGCGUCCUGGCAGACCAGUACCAAGGAGGGAAGAAAGGCUACGGCUUUGAAAGGUAUGACGAAGCGGAGGGCGGCAGCAGUGAAGACGACAGCACGAAGAGGAAAAAGGAGUUUUCUGACCUCUACAGGAAGCAGAUGAGCCUGCGGAAGGGAGCUGACAGUCGGAGGGAAGACUUCGUCCCCCCAGAUGCUAACUGCCCGCUCAGGGACGCCCGCAGCCAGAGGAUCCCCAAGCUCACCGUGAAGGCCAGAGAGCACUGCCUGUACCUCUUGCAGGAGACACUAUAUGGCCAGCAGGGGGCGGAAGAUGCAUUCAACUGUGACACCCUGUCUUUAGCGGUGGACCUGGAACAUGAAGUCUUCAGGAGCAGCAAGUCGGCGAACUUGUACAAAGCCGCUGUCCUGAAGAAGGUGUCAGAGAUGAAGAAAUCAGCCUCUACUGUGGGAGAAAAGAGGAAGAGCAGCAGUGAAUCCAGAGAAGCUGGGACAGCACUCAAAGAGGAAGCACCCUCCUCUUCUUCUUCCAACUUUCCUGAGGAGCUGCAGGGGUUCACACCUGCAUCUGAGAUCUACUCGAUGAAGCGUAAGAGGGUAGGUGCAGGCCUGAGGGGCUCGUCCGACCCCUUCCAGACGGCCAAGGAUCUGCUGAAGUCCUCCAUGUCGGACUCUUUGUCAGACAAAGGGACGGAGAGUGGCGGGUUUUACAACGACAGCUCCGGAGGCUCUGGAGACACGGACAUGCACACGUCUUUGGCUGUAACGUCAUCCAUCAGAGCCAGAGCGAAGGCCGUCGCUGCCUCCCUGAGCAGCCCGACGAAGGCCGGCAGGGCCAUGAGCAAGAAGCAGCAGAAGCUGGCGGAAGCGGCGAAGAGCUCCCGCAACAUUUCCCAGUACUUUGCGAAGAAACAAAAAACGGACAAAAGCCAGGAGGAGGUGGAGGAGGUGGAGGUGGAGGAGGAGGGCAGGGAGGGACUUGAUGCUACGCUAUCUCAUACUACCACUGUGGUUCCUCAAGAAAUCAGUAGCGGUGGGGAGUGCUCAUCUGUCACUGUGGAGGCUGGAGAGAUCAGCCCUGUGGAGUCAGAGUCGCAGGACGUGAUCCUAGUAGAGAGUAAAACAGAAGUAAUAGUUAUACCAGACUUUGAUGAGGAGGAAAACAUUGAAAGGGAGAUGAUGGAGUUGGAGUGGGUACAAGACACGGCGACGGAGGAUAUGAAGUCCGAAACUGUGGUAGAAGAGAAACUCCCAUGCUCUGCGAGACAAAACGAACCAGAAGAAGAAGCUAAACCACCUCUAAUAGCAGAGGUGACAGAUGAUGUGAAGCAGAACAGAGAGUCCUCCCCGCCGGUGAAGCGCAGCCGCGGCAGAAGAGUGACCUUCAACCCCAACGUGCAGGAGAGGGCCCUGCUGCCCGCCAAAGAGCCGCCGAAGCCUGUUGCACUGAAGGAGGCGGCCGAUAUUGUGGUCCACUACCUGGACCCGUUUUACACUCAGGGAAAGUUCGCCACCAAGGAGCUGUUUAAGUCCUUCGCACGCUACUUAUCGCACCUUCUUGCAGAGGGGAGGAGUCAAGGGAAAGGCCAAGUUAAAGCAGAAGCCAAAGCGCUCAUCAAGAAGUUCUUCAGCACAGUCAAGCGCUGCGAGAGCGAGGCGGACUGGAAGCACCUUAAAAGACCGCACAGCUGCAAAACCACGGAGAACAAGGAAUGACGGGAAGCGAAAUACAGCCAUUUUUUUUAAGGGUCAGACUCUUCCUCUUUGUCAGUGCCUCAGCUUCCCCCUUGUUCACUGCAGACGCCUGCUGACCAGAUUUCUGGUUGAUUUGCUGCUAGAGUUCUGCUUUUUUCAGGCAUUGUUGCUGCUACAGUAGCUAAUGAUUAAGCAAUAACGUGGACUGUUAAAGCCUGAGAGAGCGGGAGGUAAAACAUUGCAUUAAAACGUGGCAAGUGUUCUUUAUAUUUCAGCCCAUUUACUGGAAAUUGUGUAUGAUUUACAUUACUGAUGACCAUAGCAUAAAUGUUAUUCAGUCACUUUACUACCAUAUGGAGCUUUUGUGAGACCUCAGACUCCCUUUCUGUCUGCAUUUACAACCGAAAUAUGUUUGAAUCUUGUAAAGUUGAUUUUCAUACUGUGUUGAAAUGACUGAAAACCAAGGCCUGUUCUAUAGCCAUGCUAACAUGAUGAGAAUGGAAGUGCUAAUAUGCUGAUGUUAAACAGACGUCUUCCUUUUUUUUUUUUUUUUUACCACGUUCACAAUUGUAGCUUAAAAAAAUCUAGUUAGCAGGCAUUUCUUGCUUCACUUAGGUAGUGUGUUUUUUUUUUUUUUUUAGCUAAAUGCUAAUGUUAACAUGCUAACAGGCUCACAAUGACAACGCAAACACGAUGAUGUUUACCAGCUUCACCGUCUUAGUUUUGCGCAUUUAAUGCUAACAUUUGCUCAUUGCCUAACAGGCUAAUUAGCAACCGACUAAACCCAUAGCUGAGGCUGAUGGGAAUGUCGUUUGCUUUGCAGUGAAAUGACUCAGAAGAAGCUUGGUGGCGGCCAUGAGAAGAGCUGGUUCAGUUCUUUAAAGGAAAGGUGCUUCAGUUCUUACUUUAAUGUCUCCUUCCGAAUAAGAUACAAUAGACCAUUCUUUUAUUAAAGGAUAGGAGAAAAUGCUGUUGCACCAUUCCUUGUGGCCCUGAAAGUGCAGUCGGAUUCUGUUAAAAUCAUGUUUUUCUUUCUGAGUCCAUAUAAGUUCCCCCUCGCUUUACUUCAUUGUGUUCAUCAUGAUCAAUGAAAAGGUUUAAGAAGAAUACAAAGGGCAUAUUUAUUUAAUAAAACAACUAUUUGACAGCUGUGCUAGCUAUACCUGGUGUUUUGAAAUGCUAAUGUCAGCAUGCCAACAUGCUAACAACAACGAUGCACAUACGCCAAUGUUUACAAUGUUCACCAUGCUAACCUUUGUUAGUUAGCAUUGAACUCAAAGCAGAGCUGAGGCUGAUGGGAAUGUCGUUAGCUUUGCUGGUGCUCGGUCAUGAACCAAAGUGCUGGGCACACUGAAAUUUUGAGUUGACCGCCUGAUGAGAGUCAUGAGGGUUCAUCCUCUGGGGACAAUGUGAAUGUGCUGUACAUGGUUAUCCAUCCAUUCUGCAAUGUGCAGAUAUUUCAUCCAUCCACAGAGCCACACUAACAGCAUGGCUAGAGGCACAUUGUGGAUAGUGUUGAUAGGAAUGAAAUGAAUACAUCAUUUCGUUUUAAAUGGGAUUUAAAAAAUACAACAGAACUGGAAUGAGGUUUUAAUAAAGACAUAAACCAGG